AUGCUGCAUGCCUUCCUGAACGAAUUUAAAGUCGAAUGGUCGAAGAUCAUUUUCAACAAUAUUGUUCACACCAUCACUUUUCAUCGAAAAAGUCUAGGUGACAUUGCGAAGAAGUUGGGAUAUGGUUUUGUGAUAAGCCAUCUUCUGGCAGCGAAAGGAGUCGUUCUGCGCCCAGGAAUUCGGCCUGGUCAGAAAGCAUGUCAUAUGAAACAAAAACCAUCAGGAUAUGACAAGCAGAAGGCGUUGGAGUUGGGAAUCCCUAUUGAGCAAGUCAAAGCCAAGCGGAAAUCAAGAACACCUAGGGUUUCAGAAGAUGAGCAGCCCAAGCCGAAACGACAAAGACGAGAAAAGCACUCCUCUCGGAGUAAGGCGAAAAAGGGCGAAGAAUCUUCAGCUGUUCCAAUCUCACCAAAAUCUCCACAAAAGAAGAACGAUCCUAUUCCACCUUCCCCUCUACCAGAAUCAAUCAUAGUCAAAGACUCAUCUGAAGACGAAGAUAAUUUAAUUCUCUCCAAAAUUAUCAAAAGCAAUCACUUUCGGUCUCCAGUCAAGGCUAAAUCUUUCCCGAAGAAAUCUUCUACACCGAAAGAAGCUACACCGAAAGAAGGAGACACGAAAGAUGCACUUUCUGAGGGGGAAGGUCAACCGAAAGAUGUUCUUCCUGAGAAAAUUCCUGAUGAUCAAGAACCCAAGUCUGAUCUCGACGAGACAGCAGUAGUGCAGGUACAACCCCCGAUCAUCCCGAAACCAUCAGCCCCUGCUCCAGAAGUAAAGGUUCCUCAACCUUCACCAGAUCAGUUACUUAGAGAAUCCAUUGAACGAGAUUACAAACGAGUUCAACAAUGGCAAAAGUGGCGCACUGCUCCCCUGCGGAUCUUUCUUGAAUCUUUUGAAGCAAUGCAGGAUGAAGAGGAUUUUGCACUUGCAUGGAUUGGCACUGAUGAUCUUUCAAAAGCUCUUCGAAUUGAAGAGAUCAAUCGCGUUUUCUCUUACAAGAUGACAAAUCGCACUCUCGGAAAAGAUAAAGCUCCAAUUUGCAUCGAGCUCAACAAACCACCCUUGGAUCCAGUUUAUGAAGAAGAACUAAAGCAACUUCGAUAUGCCAUGUUGCUUUCAAAUAUCAAGACCACUUUAGAGAAGGAACACCAAAAUGAUCCAAAUUAUAAUGUCAGUGGCACGAAAGAUGAGCUUGGACGAGAGAUUGAAGAAGGCGAGAGUGAUGAAGGUGCUCAAGAAACCGAACCCGAAGACAGUCACACAAUUUUGAUCGGUCCUGACUAUGACACCUACCCUCAGAGAUCUCCCUUAAGAAGACUACCAUCUGACAGUGAAGACUCGAAAGAAGCUUCAACUACUCAUCCCGAAGAUCUAUCUCGCGCUAUUGUUCCGCAUAUCCAACCCAUAGACGAGACUCCAAUCAAGCACGGCAACGAAAGAAUGUGUGAAGGCAAACUGGAAGCUUCACCAAUCCCUCUUAGCUCAGAUAGUGGUGGAAACCGAGAAGCACCACCUCAAGAUGAUCACAUGAACGCAUCACCAACAAAUAUUGAGGAAGAAUCCCCUGCGAAGUCCCCACGAACUAUCAUGAACAUCAUGAGAGGAACUGUUCAUUCAGCCGAGACCAUCCAUAGGCAAUAUCUUGCUUUACGAGAAAAGGACACGAAAGUUAUGGAUGAUUUAUGCAAAAAGGUCGACUUUCUGAUAGCAGCUCAAUCUAAACCUCGAUCUCCACCUCAAGCACAGCCUCAAUCGCAGCAACAAAACCAAUCAGAUCACAAGGUCCUUGAGCGAAUGACAAAGAAACUUUAUGAUCUCGAAGCGUCUUUGAACAAAGUUGCGCGACAACAGCACGAAAUCAAACACUCUCAUUUUGGUCUCAAAGAGCGAGAACAUGAAGAGCUUGUCAGGACUAAUCCUAUCAAAGUCUUCAGGGCAAAAAUCAAUGAGAAAAUUGACUUCAACAGGAUGCUAAGGCGACAAAAAGAAAAGGAUGACCAAGAGCUCAAGGAAGCUGAACGACAGAAAUCAAAGCUUUUAGAAAUGUAA